GUGAGUCUCAAUAAGAACACAAAAAAAAAAACAGAGCUGAGAGGACAUUCUGAAUUCUUCUUGUCACAAUACUAUUGCACGCAGCUUGAAUCAUAUUUCCCCAAAACCCCUUAGAAAAUUCUGCAAAACCCAGCAGACAAAAGAAAGAACACCAAGAAAGACAAAAAGUCAGACAAGACAAAGCAAAACCCUCUUUGUCCAAACGAACCAACCCUUUCCAUAUAAACACAAACCCAUCAAACAUACCACAACCCAUCCAAAAUAAGAAAGCUUGAAGAAUCGUUUACAAAAACAAAGAAAACAAUGAUUUCCUCUGCUUCCAUGUUUGCUUCUCUCGCACCAUAUAUAGCUUCCGCAUUACUUCUCUUCCUCCUCCUCGAACAACUCUCCUACCUUAUCAAAAAACGUAACCUCCCUGGCCCUCUCUUCGUCCCUCCGCUCAUCGGCAACGCCGUCGCUCUGGUCCGUGACCCCACUUCCUUCUGGUACAAGCAAUCCUCAACCGCGGGAAACUCUCCUGGCCUUUCAGCCAACUACCUCGUCGGGAGAUUCAUCCUCUACAUCAGAGACACAGAGCUCUCACACCAAGUCUUCUCCAACGUUCGUCCCGAUGCCUUCCACCUCGUCGGACAUCCCUUCGGCAAGAAGCUUUUCGGUGAUCACAACCUCAUCUACAUGUUCGGCGAGGAUCAUAAGUCCGUUCGCCGCCAGCUUGCUCCCAACUUCACACCUAAAGCAUUCUCAACUUACACUGCUCUACAGCAACUAGUUAUCCUCCGUCAUCUACGCCGGUGGGAGGAAUCUUUCUCCGGCGGCGGAACUCGUCCCGUGGUUCUACGAAACCUCGUCCGUGAACUCAACCUAGAAACUUCUCAGACAGUUUUUGUCGGACCGUACCUUGAGAAAGACGCAAGAGACAGGUUCCGUAAAGAUUACAAUCUCUUCAACCUCGGAUCCAUGGCUCUUCCGGUAGACCUCCCGGGGUUCGCGUUCGGCGAAGCUCGCCGCGCGGUGACGAGGCUGGCGGAGACGCUCGCCGUCUGCGCGGGGAAGUCAAAAGCGAGGAUGGCGGCAGGGGAGGAGCCGACGUGUCUGAUAGACUUCUGGAUGCAAGCGAUCGUCGCGGAGGUAAACUCCGGCAAUCCUCCGCCGCCGCACUCCGGCGACGAGGAGAUCGGCGGUUUCCUCUUCGACUUUCUCUUCGCCGCGCAGGACGCGUCCACGUCAUCGCUUCUCUGGGCGGUGGCUCUGCUAGACUCGGAGCCUGAGGUUCUGAGGAGAGUGAGAGAGGAAGUCGCGAGGAUAUGGUCGCACGAGUCCGACGCGUUGAUAACCGUCGAACAGCUCGCGGAGAUGAAGUACACGCGCGCCGUCGCGCGUGAGGUCGUUAGAUUCCGUCCCCCGGCAACGAUGGUCCCACACGUCGCCGCUGAAGACUUCCCUCUCACGGAAUCGUACACUGUCCCGAAAGGUACCAUCGUCUUUCCCUCGGUUUACGACUCCUCGUUCCAAGGGUUUACUGAACCGGACCGGUUCGAUCCGGAUAGGUUUAGCGAGACCAGGAAGGAGGAUCAGGUGUUUAAACGAAACUUCUUGGCGUUCGGGUGGGGUCCGCACCAGUGCGUGGGGCAGCGUUAUGCGUUGAACCACCUCGUGCUCUUCAUCGCGAUGUUCUCGUCGCUGUUGGAUUUCGAGAGGGUGAGAUCGGACGGGUGCGAUGAGAUUGUUUAUUGCCCCACGAUAUCGCCUAAAGACGGGUGCACGGUGUUCUUGUCUCGCCGCGUCGCAGCGUAUCCAGACCUUUCGUUGAAUUGAUUUUGAAUAUUAUGUUUUCCUAUUCUUUUGUGUGGUCAAAGUCAAGAGUGUGAUUUUAUCAUUGUUUUGUUUGCGAUGGGUCUCUCGAAGUGAGAGGUCUUCAAGUGUUUAUUGAAUUUCAC